AUGCAAACCGAGCAUUUAUUUUUUUUUAAAGCAAAAGCCGGGCACGACACGGGCGCGGGGACCAACGGGGACGCCCCAGGCAGCAAGAGGAAAGGAGUCAGCGGAAGGCGGAGCAACGCCAGGCCAGGCGGGCGCCGACCGGAAAGGGGCAACACAGAGAAGGAGCGGAAAGAGCCCAGCAGCGGCCCCAAAGCCUACAACGGAAAGCAAAGCACGGGACGGCCGAGCAAGAGGCAGGGUCAGGCAAGCAAACCAGAACAGGCAAGGGGCAAGGAGGGGAGGCAGGGGAAAGCAAAGCAGGAGUCAAGGCAGGACGAAAGACAGCAAAGCGCAGAAGAAGCCGGGCGAGCAGGCAAAGCAAGCAGAGCAAAGCAACGAGCAAAGCAAGGCAAUGGAAAGGGCGAGGAGAACGAGCAAAGAAAGGAGAAAGCCAUGGCCAGAGCAGCAAGGAAGGCAAGAACAAGAGCGAGAGGCAGCGCAGAGCAAAGAGAGGCUCAGGAGAGCAAGGCUCAGCGGAGCAGCAAGGAAAGCAGGAAAGCGACAGACAGGAAAGCCAGAAAGCCGGCAAGCAAGAAAGGAGGGAAAGCCCAGAGGGCAAGACGGGACACAGGCACGGCAAGACAAGAGACGGAACAAGGACGAAGCACGGGCCGAGGUGGCGGGGGGAGAAGCAGGGGGCGGGGGGAGAGAAGCAGACAGGGGGCAAGAAAAGAGGGGCACGCUAGGGCCCGCGGCCGCCGGCGGCAGAGCGAGAAGAAACGCCGAGGACGCCAGCCAGAGGAGCCGAGAAGCAGGGGAAAGGAAAGGCCCGGCGGCCCCAGCCGGGACAGGGCAGGCAACCGCAACCAACGGGCAACCAGGGCCAUCGGGGGGCCAGGAGCAAGGAAGCAAGCAAGAAGCAAGCAAGAGGCAAUAGGAAAAGCUAAAGAGGAGAAGACGGCAGAGGCAGAGGGAGUCAGCGAGACAAGAGAAGGUGCACAGCAUAGAAGAGAAGACGAGACGCGAGGGAAGCAGUCAGAAACAGCGGGAGAGGGGGCGAGGAGAGCAAGCGCGGAGAACCCAAAAGAAGGGGAAAGCGGGCAGAAAAGAAGCAAAGCGGGGAGAGAGGCGGAGCAAGACAGGAGGAAAAGGUGGGCGGGAAAGGGGGGGCAGACAAAACCGGGCCAGGGGCGGGACGAAAACACAAAGCGAGCAAAAAAGGACCAAAAACGCAAGAGGCGCGGAAAACAGAAAGAGGAGGCGGAGGCGGACCACGAAGCGGCAAGGCGGGAACAGGGCGACGACGAAAAGGGCCGCGGCCGCCGCAAAGCAAGCGGGCGGCGCGGCGGCGCGGCGCGCGCCGCAGAGAGGGGCGGGGAGAAAAGGAGGGCGCGCGCCGAAAACGAGCGGAGGGGCGGAGAGCGAAGCCGGAGGGGGCCACGGGCGAAGCGCCACAGCGUCCGGACGAGCAGGAACAGAAAAGCCCAAGCGGCCCGGACGAGGCCGCACGGACGAGAAGGAAUGGCCAAAAACCGGGCAGCGCGGGAGGGGGCCAAGCACGGAGCAGCCAGAAAGCCAAAAGCGCGCCCGGCCAUCCAGGCAGAAAGCAGGCCAAGAAAACACGCCAGAAAAGCAGCCGGGGGCAAGGCACGGAGCGGCCGGGACGAGCGCAAGAGCGGACGCGGCCAAGCCGGGAGUAAAAAGCCAAGCAGAGUAGAACAGGAAAGGGGAACGAUGAGCGCACAGGCAGAGGCACAAGGGCAGCGGGAGGAAAAGGGGGGGAAGAGGAAGAGCGCGGGUGGAGCAGAGGAGCGGGCGACGCGCCGGAGCGAGGAAGGCGAAGAGAGCGCGCGCGGCCGGGUGGGGGGCAGAAGUCCCGCCGCCGGGGUGGGGGGAGAGAGAGACGGGCGCCGGCCGCGAGACGGCGAGGAGCCAGAGCCGCGGAGACCAAAGAGAGCGGCAGCGGCCAAAACGGACGCAAGCAGGAACCGGGAAGAGGAGGGGACGAAGGGGGAAGCGGCCAGCAACCGGGGAAACCCCCGGCAUCCACGCCCGGUAAACUCGCCAAGGAGCGGCGCCCGCGCGCAAACGCCACCCGGGCCGCGCGCCCUGCAAGUGCGCGCGGGACGGGGCGAGAGAAGAAGGAAGCGGCAAGGGCGACAAAGACAGCGAACCAAGGGCCGGGGACAAGGU